AUGAAAACUUGCUCCGUGACAUAUCUGUUGGAGCUGGACGAAUCAUCUACCGACGUCCACCGCCAUGCGACAAGACGGUCGAGCAUUUCUUCUUCCUCAUCCUCAUCACUGCCUUCCUCUGCCGGGUCCCUCGACGCCAUCGACACGGUUGACGAAGACCUGGAUCGGCAUGACCAGAGCAGGGCCACAGGCUAUAGGGGAAAGAACUCCGAAGUAGCCUGGAUGCAAAGACUGGAGGCUGAGUCCAGGGGGUUUGCUCACGACGACCGAUCUGCGGCGAAUAUGUCUCACCAUCAACUUCCACAGGGGGACUCCAUUGCCGAUGUGAGCUAUCAUUUGGAUGACUUGAACAUAGACGACUCGACGGUAUCGGAUGAGUUUUUACUUCCAGAGAAACCUCUGGCAGACCGCUUGCUUCAAGUUUACCUUGAUAAGGUGCAUCCUUCUUUACCGGUAAUCCGGCAGGAUCUAUUUCUGGAACAGUAUAGACAGGUCUUUUCCUCCUCCGAUGUCAAUCCCGGUAAACGAUGGCUCAGCCUUCUGAAUAUGGUUUUCACAAUCGGUUGCAGACUGGACAGUCUCUAUCGUUAUGACCACGUUGGCCACGCUGAUGAGACUAUAUUCUUCCAUCGCGCUAGGCGGCUCUCGACUUCUGAUGACCUAAUCUACAACCACGACGACCUGCAAAAAGUUCAAUUUCUGACUCUCAUGGCGUUCUAUUUUCUCACAGAGUCCCAAAUUAGUAGGUCUUGGAAGAUGAUUGGCUUAGCUGCGCGUGCAGGCAUUGCAUUAGGCCUCAAUUUUCGGGAAACGCAUGACAAGUUUGACAAGGCAUCUCACGAAGCGAGGGUCCGGUUGUGGUGGUCUAUCUUCUACUUGGAACACCUUCUUUCCGCCAUUACUGGCCGAGUAUCUUGUCUAGGAGAUGGGUCAUGCUCUGUCUCUUUACCUUUGCCGUUUGAUAUCACCGCAAAUGAGUCUCAAGAUAACGACCUGUCAUGGGAGCGAUCGCUUUCAACAUUCGAGGUAGGAUGGACCGAGCAAUCAGAGCAAAUUGACGAACGGCCAGCAUGGGUGAAGGCUCUGCCAUUUAGCGGGUCUCUGUAUUUUCACUACCUGGUUGACCUCGCUAUUAUUACCCACAAGAUCACCAAUCAGGUAUACAAUGCGGACCUUGUGAACCGCGGUUGGAAGCUUAUUGAAGAUCGCAUCAAUUUUUAUAACCGAAAACUAGGGCAGUGGUUGGCCAAUUUGCCACACUCUCUGGUGUUCGAUGGCCACCACGUGGACAUGUCGUCUUCGCAAAUUUCCUUGGCUCUUCAUUAUUAUAGUGCUUGCAUCGUUAUUAACCGACCUUGCCUUACUCGUCCAGAGACUCACAAGCCCACCGGGAUCCGCUUUCCUCGGUCCAGGUUUGGCAAAGACACUGCCAAAGAAUGCCUGCGUGCUUCGUUGGCUCUCCUCGAGUUCGUACCCGAUCAAUUAGAUCCAGAUUGGGCAAACACUGUCGCCCCGUCUUGGGCUCUUCUUCAUUUCAUGAUGCAGGCUACGGUCGUACUGCUUUUCUGUCUUUCCAUAGGCUUGGCAUCAGGAAAUCUCGGGGAAAGGGACGCUUCUGAGAACAGCGCGAGCGCUGCCGGUAAACCUGAGUCAUCAGAUUCUGUUCUCGCAGCUGCAAAAAAAGCCCUUCGCUGGCUUUACGUACUCGGAGAGACCGAAGAAUCAUCGAGAAGAGGCUUUCAGUUCUGCCAUCGCUGUUUUCGCCGCAUCGCUGAGAAGCGAGGUCUGGAUACUUCCGGGCUACCUUAUCAGGAAAGACCAUCCUCCGAGCAGAACGAAGGGCGAUACCGACCACACCUAGUAAAGGCUCCAGAAAGUGGCAAAGCAGUUCCUCGUGCGCAGCAGCCACACAGCGGACGCGAGACCUACGCCAAUGAAAGCCAAAGCAACCUCCAGGAUCCCAAUGCUGGCCACUUAGAAAGAGUGGGUGAUUCGUCAUUUGAAGGUGUGCAAGAACGGCACACAAGUCCGACCGGGGAGCAUGACUCUGUGUCUUUAUUUGACCCUGACUUUUACAUGGCGGAUUUCAUCUCAUGGCCAGAAGAAUCUGAUAUAGAAGGGCUUCUGUUGUCUAUGAUGAACUCGAAUCCUUAG